AUGGCCAACAAAAAAGGGGGCCCUAGGCACUUUGCCAAGCCUUGGGUGGAAGCAGGGCUUCUUUUUGACUUGCUCUCCAAGCAUGAGGACCUCAUGAAGAAUUUUAAGACAUAUGAGUCAAUUUCAUCCCAAGGAGCUAUUGACCCAAAAGGCAUAAUGCAUGCCAUAGAUUUCAUCGAUGAUUUGCUUGAGGUAGCACCAGCAUGUGAAGUGCAUUGCCAGCCACUGAGGUCUGCAUUCUUAAGGGUGUCGACUGCCAAGCCACAUUUGAAUCAGACUACACACAGUGGAUCCAUAUGGGUCCAUCAGAGGUCAGAGAGGGUUUCUGUGCUGCUGAGCCAUUUCAGAAGGCUUGCCAGGCAAGGCACCAAUAGCAAAUGCGCUUCCAGCCUGACUGCCUUGGAAAUGGCAAAGUUGAACAACACCUUGAAAAAGGUGGAACUGAGGGAUGGGGAAGAAGCUUUGCCAGCACCAUUGGAAAAUGGAGAUGAAAGCCCUCAGCCAAGCAAGAAGAAAUUGAAGAAAGAGAUCAGUGAUGUGUCUAUGGAUUCAAAAGGGUACCCAUCUUUGCUGAAGACACCUGAAGCUGUGACACCUGAGAAGGUGGACAAAGGAAAGGCAGGACCCAGCAGACUCUUGCAAAAGAGGUCCAACACAUGCCAGCUCAUGGGAGAUGUGAAGGCAAACCCAGAGCUCAGGGAAGCAGGUGCAACCUUUGCAAAAGGGUGCACCUUUGCAAAAGGGUGUCAGCUAGGCAAAAGGCACACCUUUGAAAAAGGUGACAGUGUGUCACCAACACAUCCCUUGGAAAAGGGACCCUUGCCAGAGGGAUCCCUUGCCAAAGGGAAGAUGGAUACACCCUUGCCACAAGGGUGCUCUGGCUACCAAGAAGGGAUGGUGCUCAACAAAGACAGCCCAUCCUGGCUCUGGAAGUCAUUGAGAAAACACCUUGCAAAAGGUGACAACAAAAACAAGGCUGGGAAGAAGUUGGGUGCUGGCACUACCAGCCUCACAAGAAAAGAAAAAAGAAGACACCUCCAGCCUGAGAACAGGGCAGAAAGCAAUGGCCCAACAUAUGACUGGGACCAACUGGUCUGGUGGCAGCUGGCACCAGCCAAGGAGGAGGAACCAAAGCAGGUCCUCUUCCAGGUCCAGGUCUCAGAGGUCACAGUGAGGCUGCAGUCUGCUGAGAGGGGGGCCAGUGGCAGUGAAAGUGAUGACUCCAUGAGUGGGAGGUCCCCAAGCCCCAGCCCAAGCUGCAGCAGCUCCAGCUGCAACUACAGGCCACCCUUGAGGAAGGGCAGCAAAGAAUGGAAGGUCAGAGAAGCAGCAAGGCAGCAGUGGCAUGAUAAGUCACUGCAAGACACUCCUACCAUUGCUGAAGAGCCUGCUGCAGAAGUGAAGAAGGAACAGCCUGAAGAAAAGGCACCUGCAAAAAAUGAUGCAGAGACAAAUGUGCCUUUGAAAAAGGGCCCAAAGGAACAAACACCUUUGAAAAAGGGUGAUGGUGCUGCAAGUUCCAGCAGUGCUGCUGCCACAAGUUCCAGCAGUGCUGCUCCUGCCAAAAGUCAGCCACAUGUGAUGGUUGACUAUCACAAUGUGCUGUCCCUGGAUGACUACAUCAGCCCACAGAGGUCAGCUGCCAUGGUCAAACUCCUGGAUGCAGGGGUAAAAGUGACUGUGUGCAGCUGGUGCUACAAAAACAGGGCAGCCAAAGUGAUGGGGCAUAUGAGGAGGCAGCCCUGGUUUGGCAGGCUGGAGGCCUGCUUCACAACAGAGCACAGGACAGGCCCCACUGGCAAGAGUGGCAUCUGCAAAGAAAGGGGGUGCCAAGCCAUCAUGGAUGACAGUGGAGACAUCCUUGAGGCAGCCCUUGAAGAAGGGAUUGAAAUCUUUCCCAUCUCCACCAGCAGAACAAGGCAUGGGUGGUGGCUGAAGAGAGACAAGGUCAAAAAAAUUGCAGAAGAGCAUGAAGAUGAAGUGGAGGCAGCCAUGGUCUUGAAAGAGAGCAUGACAGCAGCUGAAAAAACAAAGGCCUGGAACAAGUAUGAUGCACACUUGAAAAAGUGUGGAAAUGAGGAAGAAAAGGAUGAGUUUGACAACAGUUCCAGGAAGGAAAAAGGGCUCAAGAGCGCUUUGUUUCUGAUGAGGGCUGAAGCCCCAAAGUUUUGUUCAGUCAGCAAGCAAAUUAACAUGGAGAAAGCCCUUACCAAAAAGGAAGAUUGGCUGAGUGAAAGGGAAGCCAUUGAGAAAUGGGGCAGAGAUGACCUGGACAAACACCUUGAAAGUGGCAGGGUGGUAUCCAGGGAGACCUCCACUUGGGGGGAGGAAGAACUGCCUUGGCAAGAGCAGCUGGACAAAGACCUGAUGGGCCUGAUUUCUGGCACCUCUGGAAAGGGGAAAGGGAAGAACACCUCUGGAAAGGGGAAUGGAGACACACACAACAGAAAAAAAGGGAAUGGGAAAACUCCAAGGCAACCCAAAGCACUUGAAGACAUGACACCUGAGGAGCAAAUGCAUGAGGCCUUGGGAAAAUUGAAGAGGACCAGGGACUUGCUGGCUUCAACUUCAGCCAACUAUGAGGAAGCCCUGAACAAGGUCAGGAAGUGCGGGUACCUCACCAAGGCAGCACUGAAGGAGAAAGAGGCAUCCCUGAGUGAUUUGGGUGCUGCUUUGAAAACUGUGAAGAACCACCUUGCAAAAGGUGAAGACAAUAAGCUGGACAGGUUGAAGCAAGUGGUUUUGGAUGCUGUGAAAGCCUUGAAAGAUGCAAAGGAGGAAGCAAAGGUCUGCAAAUCCUUGCUGAAGAAGGAUAUCUGGCAUGAAUCUUGCAUGCUGGAUGCUAUGCAGAACAUGCAGCAGCUUGUGGAUGUUUACAACAGAGCUGAUGUGAUCCCAACUGCAGCUGAGUACAAGGAUGCCAUGACCUUUGCAAAAGGGUUCUUGGAUACAUACAGCUUUUUGAGAGACUGGGCCCUUGAAGAAGGGAAGCUCUUGUUCCAUGUGGUGCACAAGUUCCACACCUUUCAGCUUUUGGCUUCUUUGCAAAAGCUCAAUUUGAGCCAAAACGCCUUGGAAGAACUUCCUUCUGGUCUCUUUGAUAGCCUCAGCGGCCUGGAAGUCCUCGACCUGAGCUACAACCAGCUGAGCAACCUGGACUCUAGGCUCUUCAACCUUUCACGUCUCAGCACUUUGGAUCUGCGCGGGAAUCCAUUGACGAGGGCUACCCAGCUCGACAUGCUAGACCUGGCAGACCGACGGGAGACCACUUACAAACCUUUGGAAAAGGGUCCCUUUGCCAAGGGAAACCUUUGUAAAAAGGAAACCUUGAAGAAGGGAUGGCCAACAAAAAAGGGGGCCCUAGGCACCAAUAGCAAAUGCGCUUCCAGCCUGACUGCCUUGGAAAUGGCAAAGUUGAACAACACCUUGAAAAAGGUGGAACUGAGGGAUGGGGAAGAAGCUUUGCCAGCACCAUUGGAAAAUGGAGAUGAAAGCCCUCAGCCAAGCAAGAAGAAAUUGAAGAAAGAGAUCAGUGAUGUGUCUAUGGAUUCAAAAGGGUACCCAUCUUUGCUGAAGACACCUGAAGCUGUGACACCUGAGAAGGUGGACAAAGGAAAGGCAGGACCCAGCAGACUCUUGCAAAAGAGGCUGCAGUCUGCUGAGAGGGGGGCCAGUGGCAGUGAAAGUGAUGACUCCAUGAGUGGGAGGUCCCCAAGCCCCAGCCCAAGCUGCAGCAGCUCCAGCUGCAACUACAGGCCACCCUUGAGGAAGGGCAGCAAAGAAUGGAAGGUCAGAGAAGCAGCAAGGCAGCAGUGGCAUGAUAAGUCACUGCAAGACACUCCUACCAUUGCUGAAGAGCCUGCUGCAGAAGGUGCAAAGGAUGUACCUGUGGAAAAGGGUGCAGCAGAAAAGGCACCUUUGGAAAAGGGUGCACAGGAAAAGGCACCUGUGGAAAAAGGUGCAGAAGAAAAGGCAAAGGAAAAGCAACCUUUGGAAAAGGGCCAGCAAGAAAAGGGUGCCAUCAAGAUUGAAGUGAAGAAGGAACAGCCUGAAGAAAAGGCACCUGCAAAAAAUGAUGCAGAGACAAAUGUGCCUUUGAAAAAGGGCCCAAAGGAACAAACACCUUUGAAAAAGGGUGAUGGUGCUGCAAGUUCCAGCAGUGCUGCUGCCACAAGUUCCAGCAGUGCUGCCCCUGCCAAAAGUCAGCCACAUGUGAUGGUUGACUAUCACAAUGUGCUGUCCCUGGAUGACUACAUCAGCCCACAGAGGUCAGCUGCCAUGGUCAAACUCCUGGAUGCAGGGGUAAAAGUGACUGUGUGCAGCUGGUGCUACAAAAACAGGGCAGCCAAAGUGAUGGGGCAUAUGAGGAGGCAGCCCUGGUUUGGCAGGCUGGAGGCCUGCUUCACAACAGAGCACAGGACAGGCCCCACUGGCAAGAGUGGCAUCUGCAAAGAAAGGGGGUGCCAAGCCAUCAUGGAUGACAGUGGAGACAUCCUUGAGGCAGCCCUUGAAGAAGGGAUUGAAAUCUUUCCCAUCUCCACCAGCAGAACAAGGCAUGGGUGGUGGCUGAAGAGAGGUGGGAGGAUUUUUGAUUCCUUUGAACAUGCUGUGGAAGAAUACCUUCUUUACCAGGAGGAAGAACUGCCUUGGCAAGAGCAGCUGGACAAAGACCUGAUGGGCCUGAUUUCUGGCACCUCUGGAAAGGGGAAAGGGAAGAACACCUCUGGAAAGGGGAAUGGAGACACACACAACAGAAAAAAAGGGAAUGGGAAAACCCCAAGGCAACCCAAAGCACUUGAAGACAUGACACCUGAGGAGCAAAUGCAUGAGGCCUUGGGAAAAUUGAAGAGGACCAGGGACUUGCUGGCUUCAACUUCAGCCAACUAUGAGGAAGCCCUGAACAAGGUCAGGAAGUGCGGGUACCUCACCAAGGCAGCACUGAAGGAGAAAGAGGCAUCCCUGAGUGAUUUGGGUGCUGCUUUGAAAACUGUGAAGAACCACCUUGCAAAAGGUGAAGACAAUAAGCUGGACAGGUUGAAGCAAGUGGUUUUGGAUGCUGUGAAAGCCUUGAAAGAUGCAAAGGAGGAAGCAAAGGUCUGCAAAUCCUUGCUGAAGAAGGAUAUCUGGCAUGAAUCUUGCAUGCUGGAUGCUAUGCAGAACAUGCAGCAGCUUGUGGAUGUUUACAACAGAGCUGAUGUGAUCCCAACUGCAGCUGAGUACAAGGAUGCCAUGACCUUUGCAAAAGGGUUCUUGGAUACAUACAGCUUUUUGAGAGACUGGGCCCUUGAAGAAGGGAAGCUCUUGUUCCAUGUGGUGCACAAGUUCCACACCUUUCAGCUUUUGGCUUCUUUGCAAAAGCUCAAUUUGAGCCAAAACGCCUUGGAAGAACUUCCUUCUGGUCUCUUUGAUAGCCUCAGCGGCCUGGAAGUCCUCGACCUGAGCUACAACCAGCUGAGCAACCUGGACUCUAGGCUCUUCAACCUUUCACGUCUCAGCACUUUGGAUCUGCGCGGGAAUCCAUUGACGAGGGCUACCCAGCUCGACAUGCUAGACCUGGCAGACCGACGGGAGACCACUUACAAACCUUUGGAAAAGGGUCCCUUUGCCAAGGGAAACCUUUGUAAAAAGGAAACCUUGAAGAAGGGAUGGCCAACAAAAAAGGGGGCCCUAGGCACCAAUAGCAAAUGCGCUUCCAGCCUGACUGCCUUGGAAAUGGCAAAGUUGAACAACACCUUGAAAAAGGUGGAACUGAGGGAUGGGGAAGAAGCUUUGCCAGCACCAUUGGAAAAUGGAGAUGAAAGCCCUCAGCCAAGCAAGAAGAAAUUGAAGAAAGAGAUCAGUGAUGUGUCUAUGGAUUCAAAAGGGUACCCAUCUUUGCUGAAGACACCUGAAGCUGUGACACCUGAGAAGGUGGACAAAGGAAAGGCAGGACCCAGCAGACUCUUGCAAAAGAGGCUGCAGUCUGCUGAGAGGGGGGCCAGUGGCAGUGAAAGUGAUGACUCCAUGAGUGGGAGGUCCCCAAGCCCCAGCCCAAGCUGCAGCAGCUCCAGCUGCAACUACAGGCCACCCUUGAGGAAGGGCAGCAAAGAAUGGAAGGUCAGAGAAGCAGCAAGGCAGCAGUGGCAUGAUAAGUCACUGCAAGACACUCCUACCAUUGCUGAAGAGCCUGCUGCAGAAGGUGCAAAGGAUGUACCUGUGGAAAAGGGUGCAGCAGAAAAGGCACCUUUGGAAAAGGGUGCACAGGAAAAGGCACCUGUGGAAAAAGGUGCAGAAGAAAAGGCAAAGGAAAAGCAACCUUUGGAAAAGGGCCAGCAAGAAAAGGGUGCCAUCAAGAUUGAAGUGAAGAAGGAACAGCCUGAAGAAAAGGCACCUGCAAAAAAUGAUGCAGAGACAAAUGUGCCUUUGAAAAAGGGCCCAAAGGAACAAACACCUUUGAAAAAGGGUGAUGGUGCUGCAAGUUCCAGCAGUGCUGCUGCCACAAGUUCCAGCAGUGCUGCCCCUGCCAAAAGUCAGCCACAUGUGAUGGUUGACUAUCACAAUGUGCUGUCCCUGGAUGACUACAUCAGCCCACAGAGGUCAGCUGCCAUGGUCAAACUCCUGGAUGCAGGGGUAAAAGUGACUGUGUGCAGCUGGUGCUACAAAAACAGGGCAGCCAAAGUGAUGGGGCAUAUGAGGAGGCAGCCCUGGUUUGGCAGGCUGGAGGCCUGCUUCACAACAGAGCACAGGACAGGCCCCACUGGCAAGAGUGGCAUCUGCAAAGAAAGGGGGUGCCAAGCCAUCAUGGAUGACAGUGGAGACAUCCUUGAGGCAGCCCUUGAAGAAGGGAUUGAAAUCUUUCCCAUCUCCACCAGCAGAACAAGGCAUGGGUGGUGGCUGAAGAGAGGAGGCAAACCUUUGCAGAAGGGGCAGCAACCUUUGGGAAAAGGGGGCCCACCUUUAAAGAAAGGGAUUUUGAAAAGACCAAGUGCAAACCUGUCACCCCUGAGAAGGGGAAACUUGGCAAAAUUGGGGCAAAUGUCCCUGAAAGACAAGGUCAAAAAAAUUGCAGAAGAGCAUGAAGAUGAAGUGGAGGCAGCCAUGGUCUUGAAAGAGAGCAUGACAGCAGCUGAAAAAACAAAGGCCUGGAACAAGUAUGAUGCACACUUGAAAAAGUGUGGAAAUGAGGAAGAAAAGGAUGAGUUUGACAACAGUUCCAGGAAGGAAAAAGGGCUCAAGAGCGCUUUGUUUCUGAUGAGGGCUGAAGCCCCAAAGUUUUGUUCAGUCAGCAAGCAAAUUAACAUGGAGAAAGCCCUUACCAAAAAGGAAGAUUGGCUGAGUGAAAGGGAAGCCAUUGAGAAAUGGGGCAGAGAUGACCUGGACAAACACCUUGAAAGUGGCAGGGUGGUAUCCAGGGAGGAAGAACUGCCUUGGCAAGAGCAGCUGGACAAAGACCUGAUGGGCCUGAUUUCUGGCACCUCUGGAAAGGGGAAAGGGAAGAACACCUCUGGAAAGGGGAAUGGAGACACACACAACAGAAAAAAAGGGAAUGAGAAAACUCCAAGGCAACCCAAAGCACUUGAAGACAUGACACCUGAGGAGCAAAUGCAUGAGGCCUUGGGAAAAUUGAAGAGGACCAGGGACUUGCUGGCUUCAACUUCAGCCAACUAUGAGGAAGCCCUGAACAAGGUCAGGAAGUGCGGGUACCUCACCAAGGCAGCACUGAAGGAGAAAGAGGCAUCCCUGAGUGAUUUGGGUGCUGCUUUGAAAACUGUGAAGAACCACCUUGCAAAAGGUGAAGACAAUAAGCUGGACAGGUUGAAGCAAGUGGUUUUGGAUGCUGUGAAAGCCUUGAAAGAUGCAAAGGAGGAAGCAAAGGAAUUGGUUCAAAUCAGCAUGAGGCUUAGAGGCUGGAAGCUGGAAGAAGCCAUGGGUAGCACCAGAAAGCAAAAACGGGAAAACACCCUUGAGGUCUGCAAAUCCUUGCUGAAGAAGGAUAUCUGGCAUGAAUCUUGCAUGCUGGAUGCUAUGCAGAACAUGCAGCAGCUUGUGGAUGUUUACAACAGAGCUGAUGUGAUCCCAACUGCAGCUGAGUACAAGGAUGCCAUGACCUUUGCAAAAGGGUUCUUGGAUACAUACAGCUUUUUGAGAGACUGGGCCCUUGAAGAAGGGAAGCUCUUGUUCCAUGUGGUGCACAAGUUCCACACCUUUCAGCUUUUGGCUUCUUUGCAAAAGCUCAAUUUGAGCCAAAACGCCUUGGAAGAACUUCCUUCUGGUCUCUUUGAUAGCCUCAGCGGCCUGGAAGUCCUCGACCUGAGCUACAACCAGCUGAGCAACCUGGACUCUAGGCUCUUCAACCUUUCACGUCUCAGCACUUUGGAUCUGCGCGGGAAUCCAUUGACGAGGGCUACCCAGCUCGACAUGCUAGACCUGGCAGACCGACGGGUCGCUAAGCUGAGGAUGGACUGA